CAGGCGUCUAGAGAAGCACCCAAGAAUUUACAAAAUGAAAAAUGAAAAAGGUUUUGGAUAGAGCAGAAGAAGAGAUGUGGGAAAAAUGAAUAGUUGGACGCAGGUGAAACUAGUAAAGUUAGAUAUAAAUGAUAGGGGUUGCGUGGAAGUAGAGGAGGGGACACCAUUUUUUAUUUUUUAUUUUUCUCUUUUUCUUCUUCUUCUUCUUCUUUUUCUUUUUUUUUUUUUUAAUUUUUUUGUAUCAUCUAGAGACUCUGCGACCCAUUUUCUCUUCUUGGGUCCACCCAUCUCUAUUCUAUCAAUGCUUAUAAGUGUUGUGUGAUUCAUUGGGAAAUGAUGGAAUGCCCAACACCCCCCCCCCCCCCCCUCUCAAUCCCUUCUCUUCUUCUUCUCCUUCUUCUCCUUAAUUCCUUUGCCCAACUGCUGUGUAUUUCUUUUUCUCUUCCCUAAAGCACUUACUCACAGUCCACAUGCUUCUCAUUGGCCCUUUCUAUCAUCUGUUAGUCUUUUCUUUCACUUUACAAGCAUACAGUCUUUCCAUUUGCAUAACCUUUUAAGGAAUCAAGCUAGAAUUUUGCAUCCUCAAUAUUUAUACUGUCAUCUUUAGCACUACUAAACGGAAGAAUUGAGAAAUGACUGAUCGAACACAAAAUUCAGAGCCUGAAUACACAUCCUCGUCUUCGUUGUCAUCAUCGUCUUCUUCUCCAUCUUCCCCUUCCUCACCCGGUGCAGCCCUCUCAACGUCUAACAAAGCCGCUAACUUUGCAUCAAAAACUCAACGCCAAGAAGCACUAGUAGAGGAACAACAAGACCCGGAAUCACCAACCAAUAAGAAGAUAAAACGCAUAAGAGACACGAACAAACACCCAGUGUAUCGUGGCGUUCGCAUGCGGAACUGGGGGAAAUGGGUCUCAGAAAUCCGUGAACCACGCAAGAAAUCCCGCAUUUGGCUUGGUACUUUCCCUACACCUGAAAUGGCAGCAAGGGCACAUGAUGUUGCUGCUUUAAGCAUCAAAGGAAACUCUGCCAUUCUUAACUUCCCUGAGCUCGCCGACUCACUACCACGCCCAGCUUCACUCGCUCCUCGCGACGUCCAAAUUGCGGCUGCUAAAGCUGCACAAAUGGAUACAUUUGACAAAAAGAUAACUGAUUCCACAGCAGCAACACCGAUGACGGCAACAACAACAACAUCUUCAUCUUCAUUGUCAUUAUCCUCUUCAGAUUCUUGUUUAUCAUCACUAGUAUCUGCUAUGGACCUAUCAACAACAGGGCCAGAGGAGGAGUUGAGUGAGAUUGUGGAGUUGCCGAGUCUCGGAACGAGUUAUGAGUCAUCUGAGUUGAGGAGCGAUUUUGUAUAUGUUGACUCGGUUGAUGGGUGGGUUUAUCCUCCUCCGUGGCUGGAGGAGAGUCACGUUGGUGGCGGUGGGUGUCUUUUUGAUGAUUUGACAGUGGCUAUUGAAGGGUUGAUGCCUAAUCUUUCUACUGCUAGUAGCAGUAGCUUUGGACAAGGUUGGUUUUGGAAUAAUUAGUGCUUCUUGUUCUUUCUCCUUUUGUGAAUAAUGCAUUUUGAAGUGUGUGUUGUGUUUUCUUCUUCUUUUCCUCUUUUGCAGCUCUCUCUCUCUCUCUCUCUCUUUUUAUGUAAUUUAAAAUGUUUAGCCUUUUCUGUUUUUCUUCAAAGGGCUAAAAACUCUCCCUGUCUUGCUGUGUUUAUGUAACAUUAUUUAUGACCUCCUUAAUCAAAUCUAACUGUACAGUACUGAGGAAAGAGGAAAAUGCCAUAAGUUUUUCCCUUUCCUGUAUUGGUUGGUGGAA